AUGGCAGGCUAUGCCCUCGUGUUGGCCGCGGUGGCCGUAGCAGUGUACGCUUCCUACCGCCUGCUGCUCCCAAAGCCCAUUCCCGGCAUCCCGUACAACGAGGCUGCUUCCCGAUCCAUCCUCGGCGACAUGCCUGCCAUGCUGAGCGAGGGAAAGGAAGCCGGCUUCUCCUGGCUGAUAUCUCAAGCCAGCAAGCGCCCAGGCCCGCUCUUCCAGUUCUUCCUCGGCCCCUUCGACAAGCCCUUUGUCCUCCUCACCGACUACCGCGAGAGCCGGGACAUCCUGCUACGCCGCAAGGAGUGGGAUAGAUCCGACUGGUCGAUCGAUCUUAUGGGUGGCCAGGUCGCCAAGCAUCACAUCAAUAUGAAGGCUGGGCCAGCGUGGAAGGCCCACCGCCGCCUACUGCAGGAUCUCAUGAGCCCGUCCUUCCUCAACGACGUCGCGGCUCCCAACAUAUACCAUAGUGCCGAGGGUUUGGUUCGAUUGUGGAGAGAAAAGGCUCGUGUUGCUGAGGACAGGUCGUUUUGUACCGAGGCGGAUGUGUACUAUGCCGCGCUGGAUGCCGUGCUGGACUUUGGCUUCGGCGAGAGCUUCCCACACCGAGCGAUCCCUCAUCAACAGAAGCUUUUCGAGACAAUGGAUGCAAACAAUGCCGAUCCGCUAUCUAAAGAUAGCGACGUGAUUGAGUUCGAAAAGGCACCUAUCCACGAGACAUUGGAGUCCAUGCUUCGGAUUGCCGAUGCGAUCGGAGCAGUGGCUGAUACUGGCCUGACAAAAUUGGGUUGGUGGUGGCAGAAUCGCCAACCUGCAGAGCGAAAAGCACAUGGUAUUCGGGACACCCUCGUCAAGCAACAGGUCUUGAUGGCCAAGGAUAGGCUGCUGCAGGAAGAUGGCGAAGCCAAGAACAAGAUCAAGUCGGCCAUAGACUUGAUGGUAAACCGGGAGAAGACAUUUGCGGAAAAGGACGGUCGCGAGCCAGUGUUUUGGUCCGAUGACAUGCGUGACGAGAUCCUUGGGUUUGUAGUAGCCGGCCACGACACCACGAGCACAACCCUUCUCUGGGCCGCCAAGUACCUCACCGACUCACCCGACGUGCAAAAGAAGCUGCGAGAUGCUCUGCGGUCGAAUCACUCCAACUCCUACGCUGAAGGCCGACCGCCUACCUACAAAGAGAUAUCUUCAGCCAACUGUGCCUAUCUGGAGGCAUUCAUCGAAGAGUCGCUACGACUGGCCAAUACCGUCCCGGUCCUCGAGCGACAAUGCGACAAGGACACUGUCGUCUUGGGGCAUCACCUGCCGAAGGGUACAACUCUUUUGAUGGCCACAAAUGGCCCAAGUAUCACGGAACCUAGCCGACAAAUUGAUGAAAACCUUCGCAGCGAGUCGAGCCGGCUGGCCGCCAAGGAACGCGAUCUCCGGGAAUGGUCGAGCCAUAAUCCGGGCGCGUUCUUUCCCGAGAGAUGGCUGGAAAAGGAUCCAGGCUCGGGUGGGGUCUCAUUCAAUCCGCAGGCUGGGCCGACAUUGCCGUUUGGUUUGGGUCUCCGGGGGUGUUUCGGGCGAAAGCUGGCCUACUUGGAACUGAGGCUGAUGAUAACGCUUUUGGUCUGGAACUUUGAGUUCAAGCCCACGCCCGCAAGGUUGUCGGGAUAUGAACCUGUUGAUGGCUUGACACAUAAGCCAAAGACUUCCUAUGUGAGGCUGGAACCAGUGAAGCAAUGA